UGCCAAAAUAAUGUUUGCAAGCGAUAAGUUAUAUUCUUGUAUAGAAACCAGUCUUGACACAAAGGUAGACACCUAUUAAUAUUGAUUAUUCCUUGGAUUUUAGGAAGUUUCAUAUGCUGAUAAAUUUAGAGCGAUUCUUUGUUCAGAAUAUACGGUAGUGGUAAAUCACUGAAAGAGAAGUAUUUCCCGUCGAGGAAAGGCAGUAGCAACUAUUCAUUGUUCAACCGGAUAAAUGGGAAAAGAAGAUCAAUGAAAGUUUUCGAACCAAUCAAUAUAAAACAAGUGAGACAGGAAAUUAAGAAGCAACCAAAAAGAGGAAAUAUGUUUAAAGUCGAGACUAAAGACAGAUCUGUAGCUAUGGUAAAAUAAGCUCAGGACCAAGAUCGACUCGAUUACGCAAAGUUCUAUCAAGCUUAAGGUAUUUCCAGAAAUUCAAGAGUCAGUUGAGGAGGCUAAGGGAGAUCAAGUAGAUCAACAUGAAAUUAUACAGAAGAUUUCUAGACCUCUUAAGGCAAAUACUGGCAAAGACUAAGAUGAACAAAUAUAAUUCAGUAGUUGUUUCUUCGAAAAACAUUUUAACCAAAAUCAAGGAUAAUGAGAAAGAACAAAAUAAGAAGAAUGUUGGAAGGCUAAAUCCUAUCGUAGAUUUGGAGAACGAAAUCUUGGAGCAAAGAAACACAUUUGAUGUAUCCCGGAGAUACAAAUCUGUAUCCAACAACCCCAGAUGAGCUUCCCAAAGCAACACUUCUACUAAAACCAAGCGUAUUUCUUCCCAAUCCCACACCUCUAUCAACAAAGAGCAGACUCGUAAGGACAUCAUAAACCUCAUCAACAAGGUCCAAUCUCGCCAAAAAAUCCCCCCUCCCAACCCCUCCUCUCCAUCCCACCCCUUCCUUACCCCCUCAAACCCCACUCUCUCUUCCAAAUACCGUCCUAAAUUCCCCAAAAUCCCCUUCCAGUCCCUCCAGAACUCUUCUCCAAAAUGACUCUCAAUUCCGAACCUUACUUCAGGCAGACCCCAGAAUGGCCCUUUUGUGCCAGUUUUUAGUACAGAUUUGGGAUUUUUAAACUCUCUCAAGUCCAAACAUCGUACUCGAAGAAACCAUGCCAAUGAAAUCUCAAAAAUAAACUCAGAAGGGAUCUUGAACCAUUAUUUAAGCAAGUAGAGUCUCAACCAAUAA